ACAGAGCCCCAACUUGCAAAAAGGAGGGAAAAAAAUAAAGAACCAAACCCUAGAAGAAAACAGAAAAUCCCACUGAAAUUCUCUUAUUAAACCCCGAACUCUCUCUCUCUCUCUCUCUCUCUCUCUCUCUCUCUCUCUCUCUUCUUGAGCUCGAACCUUUACAGAGAGACAGAUGGCGAGGCUUCUUAUCAGAAACGCUUCUAUAAGGCACUCUCUCUCUGCAGCAGAGGGUUUUAGGCAAGGAAUUUUGUGGUCAGCCUUCCAUUUCCACAGCUCUUCUUCAAAAGCUAGAAAGAAAUCUAAGUCUGAUGGAAGUGAUUCUAGUGAAGAGAAUAUGUCUAAGAAAGAUUUGGCUCUACACCAAGCUCUGGAUCAAAUCACUUCCUCAUUUGGAAAGGGGUCAAUCAUGUGGCUUGGUCGUUCCGCUUCUCCUAGACAUGUUCCUGUGGUAUCGACAGGAUCUUUUUCUUUGGAUAUGGCAUUGGGAAUUGGUGGGCUUCCAAAGGGACGUGUUGUGGAGAUAUAUGGUCCAGAGGCUUCAGGGAAGACAACUCUUGCUCUUCAUGUGAUUGCCGAAGCACAAAAGGAUGGAGGUUAUUGUGUUUUCGUGGAUGCUGAGCAUGCACUUGAUCCAGCUUUGGCAGAAUCUAUUGGUGUAAAAACUGAUAAUUUGCUGCUAUCACAACCAGACUGUGGCGAGCAGGCUCUUAGUCUUGUGGACACCUUAAUCCGGAGUGGUGCUGUUGAUGUUGUAGUUGUGGACAGUGUAGCAGCUUUGGUGCCUAAAAGCGAACUUGACGGUGAGAUGGGAGAUGCACACAUGGCACUACAAGCAAGAUUGAUGAGCCAGGCUCUCCGCAAGUUGAGCCAUUCAUUAUCCCUCUCCCAAACUAUCUUGAUCUUUAUCAAUCAGGUAAGAUCAAAGUUGAGCACGUUUGGAGGAUUUGGCGGGCCGACUGAAGUCACUUCUGGGGGAAACGCCUUGAAGUUCUAUGCAUCCGUUCGCCUAAAUAUCAGAAGGAUCGGACUAGUCAAAAAGGGAGAAGAAACCGUUGGAAGCCAAGUUCUCGUGAAGAUCGUGAAGAACAAGCAUGCUCCGCCAUUCAAGACAGCUCAGUUUGAGCUUGAGUUCGGUAAGGGAAUCUCCCGCGAUUCGGAGAUCAUAGAAUUGGGAUUGAAACACAAGUUCAUAACGAAAUCAGGAGGCGCAUUCUACAGCAUGAACGGGCAGAGUUUCCGUGGAAAAGACGCCAUCAAGAGGUAUUUCACUGAGAAUGAAGGCGCCCGGGAAGAGAUGAUGGUGAAGCUAAGAGAGAAGCUGAUGAAUGAGACACAGAAGAAGAAAUGCCCAGAGAUGGACUCUCCAGAAGGCGAAGCAUCGGAAGAGGUGGUCACAUCUGAAACGACGGAUGAUGAAGUGAUUGCUGCAGUUGAGGCAUGAGGUACAAACACAAUUGCUCAUAUGGGUCUCUCUCUAGUCUAAAGACCCAAAAUUGCUCGUAUGGGUCUCUCUCUAGUCUAAAGACCCAAACUUUUUUCCAACUGCUGCGGCUGUUAAAACAAACAGAUGCGGUACCCUCUUAAUCGGCUCGGGAUGCUGUUCAUGGUAAAUGAGGAAGCUACGAGAUGGUGGGAUUUAACAUUGUCGAGGAUCAAUGCUAAGGAAUUCAGUGUCGCUAGCAUCAGUAAGUGGUCUUUUUUGUUUCAUACAGUGGUUGUAUCUGUCGGUGUAUGUAUGUUGUAUUGCCAAUGGAUGCUUUCUAGAGGGGAUGACAUGGAUGAAAUUUUGUGGGCUAUAUUUAAGCCUUGCGCCAAUGGAAGGUCUGACAAGAAAUGCAUGGUGAGCUGUUCCAUUGUA